AUGGAUCCGAGGGUAGCUUGGAUUCAGCCCGAACAGAAAGGACCUGCCAACGCUCUAUGGAUGCAUAUCUGGGAAACCUCUCAAAGUGUGCGGACAGACUCCGGCAAUCAACACCAUCCGCACCGUGUGAACUCCUGCCUGCCGCCUCACGUUGUAAAUAAUGGUACAAUUUCAUCCAGUUGCUAUCCACACCGGAGCGCACACGGAGCGUCGCUUUCACCUCCGUUUGGUAAUAUUAAUAGUGGACUAAAUUUAUGUGGGAUGGGUGAAUGGGGUAGAGGGCAGAAAAACAGGUCGUCAUCUCCAUCGUCUUCCUCGGUGGACUCCGAAACAGAUAGUCCAAAAUCGGAGUCGUCUACUACAACUUGUGACAGUACAACCCCAUUGCCUAUCGAUUGUACAAACCUUCAUUUUAACUUCAUAGAGCACUUGCACAAUGUCGACAACUGCGCACAUCAGCAGGAGCAUCUUUUUCGUAGUUUCCAACAUAAAUCUCCUCGGCACCAAUUAAUCCAUGGCUCUUUACCAAUUAAUAACCAACAGAAUCAUCACCCGGGACGAAAAAAAAGUGUCAGUAAGGCCAGCACUUUCGGGAGUAACUAUUUGCUGCCCAAUACAAAUGGGAAUUACUUACGCUCUGGGACCCCGUGGAGGACGCGAAAGUACAGCUCAGGUGUUAAUGGCCUCCACGAAGAGAUUGUAGACUUUUAUGCUUUCAUGUGUCCUCGACCCGAGGAGGAGGCCAUGAGGAGGGAUGUUGUGAGCCGAAUACAAGCAGUGAUCAAAGAUCUCUGGCCCACAGCAAACGUCCAGAUUUUUGGCAGCUUUAGCACUGGACUUUAUCUUCCAACAAGCGACAUUGACCUGGUGGUCUUUGGGAAAUGGGAACGACCACCGCUGCAGCAGCUGGACCAGGCUUUGAGGGAACAGAACGUGGCUGAACCCUAUUCCAUUAAAGUACUUGACAAAGCAACGGUUCCCAUAAUUAAGCUGACGGACAGAGAAACCGAAAUGAAAGUAGACAUCAGUUUCAAUGUGGAAACCGGGGUGAAAGCCGCACGGUUCAUUAAGGACCAUCUGAAGAGGUACUCAGUGCUUCCGUACCUUAUCUUUGUGCUGAAGCAGUUUCUGCUGCAGAGAGACUUGAAUGAAGUUUUCACAGGAGGCAUCAGCUCCUACAGCCUCAUAUUAAUGGCCAUCAGCUUCCUACAGCUCCACCCGAGAAUUGAUUGCAGGGGCUCCAAUAUCAAUCUGGGCAUUCUACUCAUUGAGUUCUUUGAGCUCUACGGGAGGCAUUUUAACUACAUGAAGACGGCCAUUCGAGUGAAAAACGGAGGGGCCCACAUCGCGAAAGAGGAGAUGAUGAAAAACUUCCCCAACGGCUGCAGACCGUCCAUGCUCUGCAUUGAAGAUCCACUCUUACCAGGGAACGAUGUGGGAAGGGGUUCAUACGGCGUUAUGCAGGUGAAGGCAGUCUUUGACUAUGCUUACAUCAUCCUUAGUCACGCCGUGUCUCCACUAGCGCGCUCCUAUCCCAACAAAGACUCUGACAGCACUUUGGGUCGCGUCCUCAGAGUGACUCAGGAAGUGAUUGACUACAGGGAAUGGAUCAUUCAGAAAUGGGCGAACAGACACAAUAUGAAUAUGGACAACCCUGGUGAGUGUGUGUCGAUACUGAACGGAGACUCUGAGGUGCGGGCGGUGUGUGACGAGGGGCAGAGGGACUGUGUGUCCCCCCACAGUGCUGACUCUCCCAUGUCCCUGUCCAGCCCUCAGCAGCACUCUUCAUCUACCUCCUCUACCUCAUCCGUAUCCUCGCUCUCCGGUAGCGACAAUGACUCUGAUUCGACUCCAAGUUGUGGACCUGCAUUUUCCAUCCCCGUGAUCCCACUGUCAACGCUGCCCGUUGGCCUUCACCUGCCCAAUGGAAAUGGAAGGCCCUCUGGAGGCCCGGUCCAUGUGGGGUCGUCCAGAAUCCAGACUCGAAUGUCUCUCCCCGGUAACCUGGCCGCUAACGCUAUGCCUGGGAGACAGGUUUGUAUAGACGGGAAGUUUCCCAUGAACGCUGUGUACCGCCUGCACCCCUCUGCUGCCCCCCCUACUGCCCCCCCUGCCUACCCCAGCCCUUUGCCAAGUCCUCAUCACCAUAUGAAGUUUUCUAACGGGCAGAGGUUUGGCGUGAAGGGGCCUUUUAAUGUGGCGGGAGAAUUCGACCACAGCCCAAUGCUGGGACCAAGAGCCCACCAUCCCCAACACAACCGAAACACCCCCCGUCGCAGGAAACGCGACGGGGGACCCAUGAGCCUCAGCAGAUAG